CGGCAGAAGCACCGGCGUGGCGACGCCAUCACCGUGGUGACCGCCUACGACUACCCCUCGGCCGUCCACAUCGACUCCGCCGGCAUCGACGUCUGCCUCGUCGGCGACUCCGCCGCCAUGGUCGUUCACGGCCACGACACCACCCUCCCCAUCUCCGUCGACGAGAUGCUCGUUCACUGCCGCGCCGUCGCCCGCGGGGCCUCCCGCCCACUCCUCGUCGGCGACCUUCCUUUCGGCUCCUAUGAGUCCUUUCCCUCCCAGGCGGUUGACACCGCGGUGAGGUUCCUCAAGGAAGGGGGGAUGGACGCCAUCAAGCUGGAAGGGGGCGCCCCCUCUAGAAUCACGGUGGCCAAGGCGAUCGUCGAGGCUGGGAUUGCGGUCAUGGGGCACGUCGGUCUAACUCCGCAGGCCAUCAGCGUGCUUGGCGGCUUCAGGCCCCAGGGCAAGACGGUGGCCAGUGCCGUCAAGGUUGUGGAGACUGCGCUCGCCUUACAGGAGGCCGGAUGCUUCUCGGUUGUCUUGGAGUGUGUGCCAGCACCGGUGGCGGCGGCAACUACUUCUGCCCUCCAGAUUCCAACCAUUGGCAUCGGGGCCGGGCCUUUCUGCGGUGGUCAGGUUCUAGUUUACCAUGACUUGCUGGGCAUGUUACAACACCCUCAUCAUGCUAAGGUUACUCCUAAAUUCUGCAAACAAUUUGGGCAUGUGGGAGAUGCCAUCAACAAGGCUCUAUCGGAGUACAAACAAGAAGUGGAAAGCCGAUCAUUUCCAGGUGCAGCUUACACACCAUACAAAAUAAGUGCAACUGAUGUUGACGGGUUUCUGAAAGAGCUACAGGUGAUGGGCUUGAAUGAGGCUGCCACAGCAGCUGCUGCUGCUGCUGAGAAUGUUGAGACAGCUGGGAGACCAUCGGAAGAUACAUCCUAAGUGUGAACUUUGCUUUCGAUAACCAGGUCUUUCUGCUGGUUUUGUUUGACAUUUUCUUUUUUUCCUUCUUCCUCCAUAAGGAUGAUUUGGCAAUUUUUUUUUUCUCAAAGAAAAGCCACUCCUUGCAGCAUAGAAACAGAUAUGAAUCUGUUUGGUAUAAUGUUCUUUAUUUUAUACUAAAAAAGGUUUAAUCACCUAGCUUAUAUAUCUGUCCUGAAAGUAAUAAAUAGAUAUGUUUCUCAUAAU